AGAAGGAGGAGGAGGAGGAGGAGGGAGAGGAGGAGGAAGAAGGCGAUGAGGAGGAGGAGGUGGACGAGGAGGAGGAGGAGGAGCAGGAGGAGGAGGUGAAGGAGGAGGAGGAGGGGAAGAUAGCAGCAAGGAAGGAGGAGGAGGAGGGGGAGGGAGCAACGAUAGCGAAAGAGAGAAGAAGUGGAAAGAAAAAAUGCGCGUGCCACUCAUGAGGAAGGAGGAGGAGGAGGAGGAGGAGGAGAAGGAACAGGAGGUCUAUGAGGAGGACGACGAUGACGAGGACGAGGAGGAGGGGGUGAAGGAGGAAAAGGACGAGGAGAAGACACCGACAAGGAAGGAGGGGGAGGGAGGUAGACGGAAUGAUGACGAGGACCUUGCCGCAGAAGCUGGUCUGCUUGCUGGGGGUGCAGUGGAGUGGCAUCGGAACGCAUUAGGAAAUGGCGCUCUCACCCCAGGUGUGCUCGCUCCCGUUAUCCGAGUGGUUUAUCGUGAAGAAUCACUGCUGGCCUGGGAAGUUGUGCAUCUGCAGCGAACCCUCUUUCGCAGGGUAUCUCCCAAUGACGAAAAGAGGGGCAAUCGAAAGUCUUUCUCGUCAUGGCACGCUUCCCUUCCCGACCCUCUCGAGGGUAAGUCCACCGAUAAGCAAGCUUGGAGCAGACUGGGGCAUUACAUCUCUUCCCCACUGGCGCCAUCAGGGUGCGAAUUUCGGGUAGCAAGGGAGUUGCUUGGUGCGGAUAGGUUUUCUAAAUCACCGUCCCAUAUGAUGGCUUCCCAUAGACCAAAGUCGGGCGAAAGUGGAAUGGACAGAAUUGGUGUUGCACCUCUUCCUCCUGAGGAAUGUCCUAUCGACAAGGAUGAGGAUGUGAGUCUUGCUGACUUCACCCCGCCAUUGACAACAGAAGGCAUGGCCGAGGGCGUGGACGCUACAUCCUUGUUGGCUUUUGAGGGUGAUCUGUACGAUGGGGUUAUUAUUGAUCCCACAUGUCUGCCAGCGGACGGUGAUGUCUUCCUCUCACGACUACGGUCCUCUUUGGGACUAUGGGCAAGUCAGCAGAGGAAAGGUGUCUGGCUAAAACUCCCUACGGAAAAUGCUAAUCUUGUUCCCUUAGCCAUUUCCGAAGGAUUUGCUUACCACCACGCAGAGCUACACUAUGUAAUGCUUACUAAGUGGUUACCCCCAACGCCCUCCACGCUCCCUCCGAACGCCUCGCAUCAAGUCGGAGUCGGUGCGUUCGUUGUCAAUGACAAGAGAGAAGUCCUUGCAGUGCAAGAGAAGUACGGUUUUCUCCGGGGGAAGAACGUCUGGAAGCUGCCGACAGGACUGGUCAGUCAGCAGGAGGAUAUCUGGAGAGCGGCUGUCAGGGAAGUCAAGGAAGAGACAGGAAUUGACGCGGAGUUUCUAGAAAUUAUCACUUUUCGUCAAGCGCACAGUGCGGCUUUUGGCAAAUCUGAUCUCUUCAUGAUAUGUGCGCUGAAGCCGCUUUCGUUCGAGAUAACAAAACAAGAUUCGGAAAUCGAAGCUGCACAGUGGAUGCCACUGGACGAGUUCCUUGGACAACCAUUCCUCAAAAACCGUGAAAUGUUUUUUCGCAUGCUGAUGCUCUGCGUGGCUCAUCUUGAUGGCCGGUACAAGGGGGUUAGGCCAAUCACCGUUCCAGUUGGAGCAGAACCGUCCUCUACCGCUAUCUGGACUCACUCCCCAUUUCCGAGCUCAAGAAUGGCGUUGGCAUGGCUGACGAGAGCCUCCUCGGCCUCGGCUCUUAGCCCAGGGAUACUACUUAAGCCUGUUGGUCAGGAAGAGUUGAGCCUUUGGUGCGGUAGCCCGUAUGCUGCCCAGGAGGGCUAUAUGCACCGUUCCUCUGGGUGGCGGAACCUGAUGAGCAGGACACCUCAGAAGUCUUUGCGUUCAUUUCAUCGACUACUACUCCAGUCCUCGUCGAUGCAUGGCAAUGUGCACGCCAGAACACAGGGGUCAACGCAGUCACCUGCACGCCUACCUCUCCUAUCAACCCAUAUCACUAGUAGCAUGCUAGGUCCGCAGGGUAGUAACCUUGUUUGGUGGGUGGAGAGGAAGCUUCCGCAGAGUGAAAGGCGGUUGCAGUUCCAACAGGACUUUACGCCCACAAGAAUGAGCGUAAAAGGUUCGACAGUUGACACCUAUGCACCAGCUGCUCAUAGCUGGACGAGGAGAGUCCUGAUUGGAGAGCAUGACCCAUGUGGCUGCGGGAGUACAGGACAGCAGUCCCUCCUCCAUGCAAUCCACGUACACCCUUGUUCAUCGAGAAGUCGACCAAGGACUCUGAAGCUUUCACCGCCAAGGCCAAUCUCGACCGCCACUAAAAGUCGGCGAGGGGAUGAUCGUGAACAAGAGGUGAUCCUUGAGGGAGGAAGGGAGAGCAUGGUUGAUGAUCGCCGGCGACUUGAAAUGUUCGAUGAGGAGAAGAGAGGGGAUGAUAGGGCAGGUCUGGAUGCCGUUGUGGAGGGUCUUUUCGAGGGCGAGGGAAUGAAUGGAGGGAUGGGUCUCACGGGUGGUGAGCUUCCGUCUCGUCUUGAGCCUGGACACGACAGCGGAGCCAGCGUAUCAAGAAGACAACAAAGUCAGGGUGCGGAGGGUCUUUUCGAGGGUGAGGGGAUGGCCGAAGGGAAUCUCGCCAGCGGUGAGCUCCCGUCUCGACCUGAGUCUGGACUCGGCAGCGGAGCCAGCAUAUCGAGAAGAAGACGAAGUCAGGGGAGGCCGCGCAAGAUGUGUUAUUACUUCACUCAAGGGAAGUGCUGCUUGUUGGAUGACGAGGAACACUUGCGGCAAUUCAGUCACGAGCUGGCGCUUCAGCAGUCUCCGGGUUUCAGGCCGUCGGAUAUAAAGAACGUGCGAAAACAAAAGUUCGAUGCAUUUUUAGUCCUCGACCUUGAAGGCCGGGUCGAGAUUCUAGAGUUCCCUGUGAUUCUCAUCGACCCAAAGUCGUUGGAGGCGGUGGACUAUUUUCACCGGUUUGUGAAACCAGUAGCAAUGUCCAGAGAGCGUAUUAACGAGUACAUCAGCGGAAAGUAUGGCCGGUGGGGCUUAGAAAGAGUGUGGCACGAUACGGCAGUGCCGUUCACACAGGUCUUGCAGGAUUUUGAACAGUGGGCUCUCGGCCAUGGGUUGAUGUCAACAGGAACUGAUCCUCAGACAAUGUGUAUGCACAAUGCAGCCUUUGUCACGUGUGGCAAUUGGGAUGUGAAGACGAAGAUACCCGAGCAAUGUGUUACAUCACAAAUCGAUCUCCCCCUGUACUUUAACGAGUGGAUAAACCUCAAAGACGUCUAUUUGAAUUUUUAUGGUCGGAAUGCUAGCGGAAUGAAAGCCAUGCUGAAUGGAUUGAAGAUACCUUUGACAGGAACCCAUCACGUUGGCCUUGACGACGCACAGAACAUCGCACGGGUCCUGGUACGUAUGUUGUCGCAUGGACUCGUUGCAAGGAUCUCCGCGAGGCGGAACGAGGACAAAACUGUUAAGUUCAUGUUCAGGAGGAGAGUAAAAUAGUGUAUCAGUAGUCCUUGGACAAGCUUAUCGCUCCAGCAAGCAGGGCGCUUUGAAUACUAAUUCAUCGCACAGGCGAGAGAGUGACCCCAUGGCUGCUCUUGCUGAAUGAGUGUGGAGGAUUUCAUUUGGCUCCUUCUCAUCUCUGGUCUGUUGGAUUCUUGGAUUGCCAUCAGAGUUUCUAUUCCAGAAAAAAAAAAGGAAAGAAAAAACAGAAAGACAGAGAGAGAGAGAGAGAGAGAGAGAGAGAGAGAGAGAGAGAGAGAGAGAGAGAGAGAGAGAGAGAGAGAGAGAGAGAUUCUGUUCCAGAAGGUUCCUUUCCCCCCCCCAUGGGUACAGCUGUCUUCCCAUCCUGCUAUUGACAUCUGCAGUGCAGUGAGCAGGUUGUCCUGAGUGGUAGACAUUGAGGUAGGACUGAGGGAGCGGGGGUGUGCCCGGGAGAAUUGACUAAAGGGUGGUGGGUGGGACCUUCUGAGAGGUAAGACCCAAAAGAAAAAGAAGGAAAAACGAAAAGGAGCUGCUCGUUGCGCACAAUGUUAAGUU